CGAAAAACUCACUUCCGCCAGGCAAAAAAGUAGCCAAGUUCAGUAGUCAGCAUUUCACAUUAAAAUUCCUUUUCCAUUCGGAGCUGCCAUUAAUCAGAAACUGAGGUAGAAUAUUAAAUGUUUAAGCUAUAAGAAUAGUUAAUUUUAAUUACUCUAUACGCUUUAAAUAUGGAAAAAUGUCGACUUUACUAAUCUCUUAUAUUUAUGAUUAAUCUAACCGUUUACUCAUAAACUAUUAGACUACUAAAUCCGCUUGUAAUUUUAGCCAACAUGUCAUCACGGAAGACUCAAAUCCAAAAGAAGGGUAAGAAGAGGGCCCAGAGGGCCACCUCCAACGUCUUCGCCAUGUUUGAUCAAGCCCAAAUUCAAGAGUUUAAAGAAGCCUUCACAAUGAUUGAUCAAAACAGAGACGGAUUUAUCGACAAAGAAGACUUGCACGAUAUGCUUGCAUCCCUUGGUAAAAACCCCACCGACGAUUAUUUAGAGAGCAUGAUUAGUGAAGCUCCUGGGCCCAUCAAUUUUACGAUGUUUUUGACGAUGUUUGGAGAAAAACUUAACGGAACCGACCCAGAAGACGUUAUUAAAAAUGCUUUCUCAUGCUUUGAUAUUCAGAAUACUGGUUACAUAAACGAAGAUAAAUUAAGAGAGUUACUUAUGACAAUGGGAGAUCGAUUUACAGAAGAAGAGGUGGAUGAAAUAUUUCGUGAAGCGCCAAUAAAAAAUGGCCAAUUCGAUUACGUUGAAUUCACUCGCAUUCUGAAACACGGAAGUAAAGAUAAAGAAGAUAAUUAA